AUAUCAUUCAUUGUAGGUACUUAAGUGUUGCAAAUACAAGGAAGUUGUUCGUAAUUCUAAAUAUUGGCGUGACGGGUGUCUGUUUUGUUGUUCUAGCUUACGCUGGUGACAAUAUUGUGACAUUCAUGAUUUUUCUGACGAUUGCCUUUGGUGCGCUUGGGUUCAGUGGAGCAAGUAUUUUACCGAACCCAAUGGACAUAUCAAAAACAUAUUCAGGAAUAAUUGUAGGAAUGAUGGUUACUACAGGUGGAUGUGCUGGAUUUAUCGGCCCACUAAUUCUUGCUCUAAUAAUAGAGAAUGACAAUACAUUUGAACGAUGGUCUUCGAUGUUCAUGAUAACUGCUGCAGUUGAAUUCUCUGGGAUGGUGUUCUUUCUAAUAUUUGCUAAAGGACAGAAACAAGAGUGGUCAGAAAUUGACACAAGACAAAAUGAAGAGAUGAGAGCCCUAGUUAAUAAAUAAGUGAUGAUGAUAAUUUUACAUGUUGAGCUAGAGUUACUAUCCUUUAUUAUUUCAAAAUUGAGUUGGUGUGUAAAAUUAAUAAUAGUAAGGCAUUGCAGUCUAGUUCACGGGAAUAUUACGCCAUGAUAAUUCAUAAUUAAUAAUUCAUAUUUUUAUUAAUUUUAACUGCUUCACAAUGAAUGGAAUCUUACAAUGAGGUAAUGUGUAAAUA